AUGGGUUUGAUAGCAAAGAUAUCUGCGUUUGGCUGUAUGUACACCCGAGUUAAGGCGGCAAUACAAAAACCGAAGAAAGCUUCUGUCUUGGCGGGGGGCCCCCUGACUGUGGAAGCCUUCUGCAGCAGCAUCGAGGCAGAGCUGCAGCAAUACUUUAAGCUCAUUGCUGUGCUAGAAGAAGAUAUUUCACGCGCGGAGAGCAUGCAGGCUGCUGCUGCAGCAGCAACAGCAACAGGAGCAGCAGCAGCAGCAGCAGCAGCAUCGGCAGCAGCACAGAGCAGCAGCAGCAUGCCAACCCUACGCCGCCUUGCCGUGUGGCUGCAGGCCCCAUAUCAGCGCAUGCGUCUCCUUACCUCCUUGGCGGAGGCAGCGAAGGGCUUGAAGGGCGCUGCUCUUCUCUCCACCAUUUAUUCUCACUGCUCUUCAGGGGAUUCGGAGCUGCGCGCCGUCGCCCUUCAAAUCGUCAGCCUCAGCAGCAGCAGCCAGAUGGAUGAAUAA